CACAAAACCUUUCCUCUCACAAAUUUCUCUUUUUGGUCAUACUUGAAGAUACUUCAGAUAAAAUGGAAACAGCUUUGACUCAUUUCAUCCUCCUGGCAGUCAUCUCAGGUUUAACCAAAGGAAGUGGUGUGUUGCCAGAUGAACUGAAUGCAGCUGUUGGAGGAGAAGUGAUGUUCACCACAACAGUGACUCCACCAGAAACACCAUUCCUGGUAGUGGUCUGGAAUUUUGUUUUAAACAGUGUAGAAAGACCUAUAAUAACCUCCUACACUUCUUCAAACAUCAUUGCACCAGAGUAUGAAGGCAGGAUCAUCCUCGACAGAUCUACUGGAUCUCUGAAGCUCAUGGAUCUGACUCUUAAUGACAUUGGACAGUACAGAGUUACUAUUACACCAGAUGGAGGACAAGCGAUAACAGGACACACUGAACUGAAGAUAUUUGAGCCAGUCUCCAAUGUGAAGAUAACUGCCAGCAGCACAGACUUGGUGGAGUUCAACAGCUCUGUCAGUCUGUCCUGCUCUUCUUCUGGAUCCUCUCCUUCUUUCCUCUGGAUGAACGGCAGCUCUGAGGUUACAGCCAGUGAGAGAGUUCAGCUCACUGAUGGAAACUCCACUCUUAUCAUAACCAAUGUGACCCGCUAUGAUCAGGGACCAUUCAGGUGUCAUGUGUCCAAUUUUUUCAGUAAUGGCACCAGUGAUCCAACAAAUCUUUCCAUCAGCUUUGGCCCAGAAAACAUCAUUUUGAAGUUAUCUCCAUCUGAAGACCACUAUGUGGAAGGGUCAACUAUCAGACUGUCCUGCUCAGCUGACUCCAGACCUUCUGCUCAGUUUCAGUGGUUUCUGAAUGGAGGCCUGCUGUCUGAUACUGGACCAGAACUCACACUGAUGAAUAUUCAGAUGAGUCAGAGUGGGAACUACAGCUGUCAGGCCUUUAACAACAAAACUCUGAGAUAUCAAACAUCUCAGCCUUCAGCUAUAACUGUACUGGAGCCAGUCUCCAAUGUGAAGAUAACUGCCAACAGCUCAGACUUGGUGGAGUUUAACAACUCUGUCAGUCUGUCCUGCUCUUCUUCUGGAUCCUCUCCUUCUUUCCUCUGGAUGAACGGCAGCUCUGAGGUUACAGCCAGUGAGAGAGUUCAGCUCACUGAUGGAAACUCCACUCUUAUCAUAACCAGUGUGACCCGCUAUGAUCAGGGACCAUUCAGGUGUCAUGUGUCCAAUUUUUUCAGUAAUGGCACCAGUGAUCCAACAAAUCUUUCCAUCAGCUUUGGCCCAGAAAACAUUAUUUUGAACUUAACUUCAUCUGAAGACCACUAUGUGGAAGGGUCAACCAUCAGCUUGUCCUGCUCAGCUGUCUCCAGACCUUCUGCUCAGUUUCAGUGGUUUCUGAAUGGAGACCUGCUGUCUGAUACUGGACCAGAACUCACACUGAUGAAUAUUAAUGGGAGUCAGAGUGGGAACUACAGCUGUCAGGCCUUUAACAGCAAAACUCUGAGAUAUCAAACAUCUCAGCCUUCAGCUAUAACUGUACUGGAGCGUGUCACCAAUGUAAAGAUAACUGCCAACAGCACAGACUUGGUGGAGUUCAACAGCUCUGUCAGUCUGUCCUGCUCUUCUUCUGGAUCCUCUCCUUCUUUCCUCUGGAUGAACGGCAGCUCUGAGGUUACAGCCAGUGAGAGAGUUCAGCUCACUGAUGGAGGCCGUACUCUCACUAUCAUCAGUGUGACCCGCUAUGAUCAGGGACCAUUCAGGUGUCAUGUGUCCAAUUUUUUCAGUAAUGGCACCAGUGAUCCAACAACUCUUUCCAUCAGCUUUGGCCCAGAAAACAUCAUUUUGAAGUUAUCUCCAUCUGAAGACCACUAUGUGGAAGGGUCAACCAUCAGACUGUCCUGCUCAGCUGUCUCCAGACCUUCUGCUCAGUUUCAGUGGUUUCUGAAUGGAGGCCUGCUGUCUGAUACUGGACCAGAACUCACACUGAUGAAUAUUCAGAUGAGUCAGAGUGGGAACUACAGCUGUCAGGCCUUUAACAGCAAAACUCUGAGAUAUCAAACAUCUCAGCCUUCAGCUAUAACUGUACUGGAGCGAGUCUCUGAUGUGAAGGUAACUGCCAACAGCUCAGACUUGGUGGAGUUCAACAGCUCUGUCAGUCUGUCCUGCUCUUCUCCUGGAUCCUCUCCUUCUUUCCUCUGGAUGAACGGCAGCUCUGAGGUUACAGCCAGUGAGAGAGUUCAGCUCACUGAUGGAAACUCCACUCUUAUCAUAACCAAUGUGACCCGCCAUGAUCAGGGACCAUUCAGGUGUCAUGUGUCCAAUUUUUUUAGUGAUGGCACCAGUGAUCCAACAAAUCUUUCCAUCAGCUUCGGCCCUGAAAAUAUUAUUUUGAAGUUAUCUCCCUCUGAAGACCACUAUGUGGAAGGGUCAACCAUCAGACUGUCCUGCUCAGCUGUCUCCAGACCUUCUGCUCAGUUUCAGUGGUUUCUGAAUGGAGACCUGCUGUCUGAUACUGGACCAGAACUCACACUGAUGAAUAUUCAGAUGAGUCAGAGUGGGAACUACAGCUGUCAGGCCUUUAACAACAAAACUCUGAGAUAUCAAACAUCUCAGCCUUCAGCUGUAACUGUACUGGAGCGUAUCUCCAAUGUAACGAUAACUGCCAGUAGCUCAGACUUGGUGGAGUUCAACAGCUCUGGACCAUUCAGGUGUCAUGUGUCCAAUCCUGUCAGUGAUGGUACCAGUGAUCCAUCAACUCUUUCCAUCAGCUUUGGCCCAGAAAACAUUAUUUUGAAGUUAUCUCCCUCUGAAGACUACUAUGUGGAAGGGUCAACCAUCAGACUGUCCUGUUCAGCUGUCUCCAGACCUUCUGCUCAGUUUCAGUGGUUUCUGAAUGGAGACCUGCUGUCUGAUACUGGACCAGAACUCACACUGAUGAAUAUUCAGAUGAGUCAGAGUGGGAACUACAGCUGUCAGGCCUUUAACAGCAAAACUCUGAGAUAUCAAACAUCUCAGCCUUCAGCUAUAACUGUACUGGAGAGAGUAUCUGAUACUUCAAUCAGACCUUCAACACAUCAGCUGAUUGAGGGGAACUCUGUCAACCUGACCUGUGAUGGUGCUGGCUCCAUCUUUACCAGAGAGUGGAUGAAGGACGGCUCACCAUUGACUCAGACUGACAACAUGAUACUUUACGAUACAAACAGAGUGUUGUCUUUUCUCUCUCUGAAGAAAACAGACAGUGGAGAAUAUUUGUGUAAAAUCAGCAACCCCGUCAGCAAUGAUGAAGCUAAUUACAACAUGAUUGUUAACUAUGGACCAGAAAAUGUUCAAAUCACAGGACCAAGUGAGAUAAACGUGAAACAGACCUUAACAUUAACCUGCUCUGCGGCGUCUACACCAUCUGCCAGUUACACCUGGAUACUGAAUGGGACAAAUAUAUUAAAUAAUUCUGAUGUGUUCACUAAAGAUGUGACUGAACUUUCUGACAGUGGCAACUACACCUGUCGAGCACUGAAUGAAAUAACUGGGAGAACAUCAUUUGCAGUUCAUCGAUUGUCUGUAACAGUCCCAGAGAAAGCUGGAGGUCUUUCAGCUGGUGCCAUCGCUGGAAUAGUAAUUGCAUGUUUGCUGGUUGUUGGAGGAGCUUUGGGUGGAGGGUUUUACAUUUAUAACAAAAAAUAA